AUGAUGUCAGGGGUUAAGUUGGAUGUCCUCUGGUCCCCAAUACACCAUGAUAAGUUUAUAAUAUGGGGCCCAGACAUAACCUUAUACGAAGUUUCUCGUAUCAAGGAAAUAGAGAAGAAAACAACUUUUACUCCAAUAUCUGCAACCCGUGGAGCGACUGUCAUAGCGUCACAGAGUGCAAGUGGUGUCCGAUGCGUUGACAUCAGUGCAAUCCCUGAGCAACCGGAACCAUUACUGGCAUUAGGUUACACAAGUGGUAGGGUAGCAUUAACCUCCCUGAAGCAGACAUAUGAUCCACUCGGACUUGUUGGAAGGGAGUUUUCCUCCCGUCACCCAAGACUAUGCAACUCUGUAUCUUGGAGCCAUCAAGAGACGAAUAUGCUGGCGGUGGCCAUGGAAAAACACCGUAGUGACCACUGCAUCCUGCUAUGGGAUGUGUACCGGGGAUCCAUGCUGUGUGAUGAGGCUAGAGCUGGUGAGAGUGCUUCUCCAACACCAGACCCAGCGAAGCCAGUAGCAGAGAUGGGACUGUCAGAGACAGCACACUGUGUCACGUGGGCUAACUUUUCACCGCGAACUCUCAUAGCGUCCAUGAAUUUGAAGUACAUCAAGAUAUUUGAUCUUAGAGACUUAUCCAACAAAGCGGUGAACACAACAACUACUCGCUAUUGCUACGGCGUGUGCGCGGAGCCGUGCGGCGGUUGGCAGGUGGCGUCGCGGGGCGAGGGCGUGGCGUGCGUGUGGGACGUGCGCGCUUUGCAGAGGCCGCUGUUAACCCUUCAGCAUCCCAAGCCACUCACUCAUCUACAGUGGUGUCCCACAAGACGAAACCUACUUCUUUCUUUACAACGUGAUUCAAGCACAUUGCGCGUUCACGACAUUCAGCAAGCGAGUGACAACAAGAUGAACCUUAUGAAGAACGAUAAUGGGACGACCGCUACAGCCGUGGAAGCUGAACUCGAGGAACAGUACUCCCGCGGCCCCAGCGUUAUAGAACGUGACGUGUCUCCCUCGCCCGCUGUGUCUGUGGUUACGUUCAGCUGCCAUCCCGCUGAUGAGGCGAGACUUCUGUGUGUCUGUGCCAAUGGUUCGUUUGUGGACUACACGGUGUGUGAGCGCGUGACUGUCGCUUGGGGAGGAAAUGGCACUCUGCUGUGGACGGGAGCAGGAGGAGUGGGGGGAGGGGGAGCUCUGCGCAUGAUGCGGGACGACUUCUACGCAGCCAUUGGAGAUGUGUCCUAUAUUAUGAAAAGAAGGGCGCAGACUGAUUAUGGACUUAAGCCAGACCUAUGGCAAAAUGCAGAUCUGGCUGAUGACGAUGCUCUCAGUGGACUCUGGCAUUUCUUGGCAUUGAGCAAGUCGCUAGUUGAGGAUGGUUGUAUCCGCAGCAGUCCCUGGAAGCAUCCUGGAGUACGUACAGUUUUGCGCUCCGCGGGAGACGGUGGCUAUCGCUCCGAGAUGGUUCCUUCCAUACUACCGGACUUGCCUAAUCGAAGAGUUACAAUAUACAGGAGCGCGGAGCGCACGCGCGCGCUGCAGCUGUGCGGCUGGGGCUGGGGCUGGGAGAACGCGCUGGCCGGCGUGGAGCGCGCCGAGGCCGAGGGCACGCCGUGCCGUGCCGCGGCGCUGGCCGCCUUCCAGCUGCGCGUGCGCGCCGCGCUCGACGUGCUGGCGCGCGCGCGCGAGCCGGCGCUGCGCGUGGCGGCGCUGGCGCUGGCGGGGCUGAGCGACGAGCGGCUGUGGCGCGACGCGCACGCGCACGCGCACCACGCGCUGCCCGACCCCUACCUGCGCGCGCUGCUGCGCUUCCUGGCCGCCUCCGCGCCCGCGCACCCGCCGCACGCGCCGCAGCCGCCCCCGGCCUACCCCGACCUCUCCGCAGUGCUGGAUGAGACGGGAAUGCGUCUAGAAGACCGCGUGGCGUUCGCGUGCAUCUUCCUCUCGGACACGAAGCUGCACGACUACAUCCGACAGACGUGCGACUCGCUCAUCGAACAGGGCGACCUCUCCGGCAUACUGCUCACUGGCGCGUCCCCCGAGGGCAUCUCGCUGCUGCAGCGCUGGGUGGAGAGGUGCGGCGACGUGCAGUCCGUGGCGCUGGUGGCGGCGCGCUGCUUCACGCCCGACCUGCUCAAGGACCCGCGCGCGCUCAACUGGCUCGACAGUUACCGCACAAUCCUCGACAGCUGGCAGCUGUGGUGGGCGCGGUGUGCCCUCGACACGUGGGUGUGCGCGGCCGAAGGGAGCGGGGAGUGGGGCUCCGGGGGCGGCGUGCCGCGACACGUGUGUGUAGCCUGCACCUACUGCGGCAAGUCGGUGGCGGCCCCUCCAGGACACAACAGACCGAGGGUCGCGUUCGCCAGGUUACCCCCACCGGCUGCUAAGAUGAAGCAAAUCUCGUCAUGUCCGCACUGCCGCAAGCCGCUGGCCCGCUGCGGCGUGUGCUCGCUGCACCUGGGCACGGGCGCGGGGGGGGCGGGCGGUGCGGGCGGGGCGGGUGCGGGGGGGGCGCAGUUCGCGGGCUGGUUCAGCUGGUGCGUGGCCUGCCGCCACGGGGGACACGCCAUGCAUCUCAUCAACUGGUUCAAGGAACACGUAGAAUGUCCAGUGAGCUCGUGCAACUGUCACUGCGCCGCCCUGGACCCGCCGGACAGGCGCUAA